AUGUUGCUAAUUGGGUUGGUGGAAUUUUGUUUGGGUAGGCUGAGGUUUCUUGGGAAGGUGUUAAAAGUGGAGAGGGCUACUAGCAAUAGUGGUAAGCCAUUGCAGGAUGGCAAGAAGGAUUCAGUUUCUGUGCCUCCCACUUCCACAUCAUCUUCCGGGUACAAUCCUUACAUCAAAAGGGAGACUGAAGAAACUGAAGUUUCAAGAUCAGAGCCUAUUGCCCCGAGGCUUGGUGUAGAUUACUACUUUCCUCCUCACCUUGAGUAUGCUUACCCACCACCAGAUAGAAAUAUUCUGACCAACAUUGUAAAUGCUCUUAUUGCUGUUCGUCGCUUUAAUACUCAGCUGGAGAUAUUGCAAUUAUAUGGCGUCGUUGAGCAUAAGGUUCAAGGAGAUGGUAACUGUCAGGAUAUUGGAGGAUGCGAUAUUCAGAAGCAAGAAAUCCGUGAAGCAGUGGAACUUCCACUUACUCACCAUGACUUAUACAAACAGAUUGGAAUAGAUCCGCCACGUGGUGUAUUGCUCUAUGGCCCACCUGAAACUGGUAAAACAAUGCUAGCUAAGGCUGUGGCUAACCAUACAGCGGCUGCUUUCGUUAGAGUUGUUGGUUCAGAAUUUGUUCAGAAGCAUUUGGGUGAGGGUCCACGAAUGGUUCGUGAUGUUUUUCGUCUUGCCAAGGAGAAUGCACCUGCCAUCAUCUUUAUUGAUGAGGUUGAUACUAUAGCUACUGCAAGGUUUGAUGCUCAAACUGGAGCUUCAAGUAAGCCUUGA